AUGAGCAAAUUAAGCGCCUUCUUCGACAAGAAGAAGAAGAAAGUUGCAAAGGCCACUGCUCCGCCAGAGCUGACUCAGGUGACAGAGAAGGUCGAGGAGCCAGUAACCGAAGACAGUGCAGAAUGGAGUUUGGAGCCGCAGCAGGAUGCAGCUGUUUCGUGGGCAGCAGGUCCUGCGAGCCCAGCAGCAAAUGGAGCAGCAGCAGCAGCAACAACAGGAGGAACAGCAGAGGGGCCGCUGGGGCGCUCGUUGCGAGUCAGCGCCGUGGGGGCGUACGAAAUAGAAAGCAAGAAAGAUAAGAGCUGGAGCACCAUGAAACGUUUGGAUGAGGAACAGCGGAGAGGCCUUCAAGAGCUGCGGGAGCAGGAGGCCAGGGAGUUGCUGCUGCAGCAGCAGCUGGAACAGGGUAUCGAGCCGCAGCAAGAUACUUCACCUGAAUCAACGCAGCAGCAGCAGCAAGAAGCUACACCGCCAAAGGAAGAAGAGAACAAACCAUGGGUAUCAACUCGCGUGCUGAGAAACCUAGAAGCGGGUGGUUCUCUCCGCAGGGCCCGGGGGGCCCCCGUACCCUCAUUUGAUGGGGAUCCUGACUUGGCUACAGCAGUGCAGCUCAUCAGCAGCAAACCGCAGCAGCAGCAGCAGACGAAGAAGCAGCAGCAGCAGCAACGCAAGAGCCCAACAGAACCUCAGCAAGACACUACGGCGAGCACUUCCCCCUCCACGAAGAGUGAAGAUCGACAGCAGCAACAGCAGCAGCAGGGAAACACCAGCAGCAGCAGCAGCAGCAGCAGCAGCAGUCUCAGCGAUGCUGAAGGCUCUGUUGCUGCUCCUGCAGCUUUCACCUUCGACGUACAAAAGUUUGUUUCCUUUGAGGGCCUCUCAGGCGCAGCCGUGCCGCUUGAUGGGGAGCAGGUGCGAGCCAAGUACGAGGCGAGGGCCCCCUGGACGGCCCUCGCAGCAACAGAGGCUUAA